CGGACACGAAUGGAGUCCUGACUUAGCUUAAGCGACGCAGCCGAAAAGGACGACGUAUCAGACAAUGAUCCUAUCAAUCCAGGAAAUUCAGAGAUUUGGAUUUGAAUUCGACGUAAUCUCAAAAUCGAAGGCAUGUCCGACGCUUUUAUUUGCAGCUGCCAUCUUACACUUUGCAGCUCGGAUUGAUGUUGAUGGGAAUCGUGACAGCAAUAUGUCAACGAUACCCGAGAGUUGGAUCUGAAACGCUGAAUUUGUCCAAAACCCAGGGCGUGGCUUGAAAUUAUAAGUGAGAGAAUGCGAUGAAAAUCUCUUCGUUCAUGAAAUCAAAUGUCAGUUUCGAAACAUCGAGUCCUCAGAGAUUGUAUCAGCGAUGGCAGGCCUCGUAUGGUCUAAAGUAUCCAGCGGAUGCGAUCCGAGUCCAUGUCUGAAGUUUGUGCUUGAGUAGAGAAGAGGCUCCAGAUCCCGAUUAAGCUCGGCUCGGAAAAAUGGGAAGGGAAUCGGUUGCGAGUGUCCUGGCUGCGCCAUCGCUGCAACUGAUGGCAGAUGAAAUCAGAUAUCUAAAGCAUUUGGAAAAGAACCCACAAGAAACGGGAACAUUCAUCGGGGAACUCGAGAAAUGGCGCUUAGCAGGGAACAGGCAUUUCAACAAAAAAGACUUCGAGUCGGCCAUUCACAUCUACAAGAGAUGCGCCAGGCUCGGCCGAGGGUUCGAAUCGAUCACGACGGAGGAGUUCCGCGGGCGGGCGACGCCGAUCGUGAUCAUGGCGGACUCCAACUGCGCCCAGGCGUACCUCGAGCGGCGCCAGUGGGAGAGCGCCUUGCAAAGCGCGGAGGGCGCUCUCUCUCUCGGGCCGCAGCACGUCAAGAGCCUCUUCCGCAAAGGCAAAGCUCUGCAGGGCCUGCAAGAAUUCAAGAAGGCCCUCGCAGCUCUCGAGGCUGCACUCGAGCUCCGCCCCUAUGACGACAGCACGAUGGCAGCUGUGGCCGAGGUCAAAUCAGCUUACCAUCAGUCUGUCACCGGCGAAUUCGAUCUCUACAACUACUAUCUUGAAAACCUUCCUCCUUUCUGCAGCGAUUAUGUCGGCUCCGUGGAGAUUAAAUCCACCGCGACUGCUGGCCGUGGCUUGUUUCUCACCGAGUCUAUGAAACUGGGCCAGCUUGUGAUUGUGAGCAAUGCCAUUGCCUUAGGCCUGGCGGCGAGAGGAAAAUUCAACGAGCAUUUGAUCAACCUUGCCUUCGCAUGUACGCGACUCGCGACCUCGUCCGUGCGGUAUGCGCAUCAAUUUAGGUAUUUCCACAGCAGAUUGAAGAAUCAGAAUGCACGAGUUCCGCCUUUGGAGUUGUACAUUCCCGGAAGCGAUUGGGCUCCAGAUCCCCACUCGAAAGUCGAACCACCAGGGAUCGAGGAGGCGCUCGAGAUCGUCCGAAUCAACAGCUUCGAUUCCUCACGAAUUGGGAACCCAGAAGCUUUCUUAGAUGGACUCAAAGAUGCGCUCGGUCAUACUCCGCCGGCGCAGGUGAACGUCUGUGCUUUGUGGGCUCUGCCGUCCCUGCUCAACCACUCCUGCCUUCCUACCUGCGCAGUGAGCCUCGUCGGCAAAGCCAUGUUCAUUCGAGCCACACGAGACUUGCCUGCGGGAACAGAGCUCACAAUCUCCUACGUAGUAAGCGAUAGUCUCGAUCGAGAGCAGCUCACCAAAGCCUGGAACUUUGCCUGCCGCUGCGAAAGAUGCCUCUUCGACGAAAUCGUCAAGCCUCACAUCUCUGACGCGGUACAAAUGUUCUCCGACAUCAUGUCCGAUUUUGAAGCUCGAUUGCCCAGGGCACUGGAGCCAGAUAAACUGAAAUACGAGAUUUUCUCUCGCCUGAUCCAUCAUGUGGAGCAGAGGAUCCAGAAUCUGCCCUGCAAGCUGGACGAUAGGCAGAAAGGGUGGGUACGUUUCAUUUUCCAACGAGGGUACAUGCUCAGAAUCGUAUUCUGCCCUCAAGAAGUGAGUCGUCUGGAGAAAAUUGAAAUGGUUGCACAGCUCCUGAAUAUCUAUAAAGCGGUCGAGGCCGGAACUUGCGGGCUCAAUUUGCAGCUCGCAGCAUGUUUGCUGAAGGGAGUCGAAUUGGAAUACGGUAGAAGCAGCCACGAGUAUCAGUCGACGAGAAAGGUAUUCUGUACCACACGCCCGAUUAUCCGGUUUGAUGAAAAUGACAUAAUCAAUAACUUACAACUUGAACUUUGGCGUUAGAUUAGCAGGAGUGAGAAAGGUUAUCAACAGCACACAUUCAUUUGGCAGAGUAGAAGUCAACAAUCAUUACUUUGACCAUCUCUCACAAGUUUACAUUCCUAGCUUUUCGAAGUACAGUAAAAAUCUAAUAGCACUGAAUAUUAAAAAAUUCAUGUAAAUUUUGAUGAAGAUAGUUGA